AUCGGAAGGGCAUGUAGGCUUACGUGAAUUUGGCUUAGGUGAGAAUAUAAACUGUGUUCCAAAUGCCUAUGGAAACUCGUUCCAACAGCGCUCUCUUUAAGAGAGCUGAACAGCUGAAAAGAUGGGAAGAUUCCGAAACUAAUAAAGAGACAGAACUGCCCAGAAGAAGCGAAGGAAAGAUCAAAUUUACAGAUGGUUGUGUAUUCCUUGCUGCGUGUGCUGCUGGUGACACGGAAGAAGUUGAGCGUCUGCUUGAGAAAGGUGCCGAUAUCAAUACAGCCAAUGUUGACGGUCUUACCGCUUUGCAUCAGGCUUGCAUUGAUGAUAACUUAAAAAUGGUAGAGUUUCUGGUGGAACAUGGAUGUGAUGUGGAUAGAGGGGACAAUGAAGGAUGGACUCCAUUGCAUGCUACUGCCUCGUGUGGUUUUCUUAGUAUUGCAAAAUACUUACUUGAAAAUGGUGCAUCAGUGGCAAAGGUGAACAAUGAUGGAGAAUUGCCAAUUGACAUAGCUGAAUCAGAGGAAAUGGAAGAAUUGCUCCAAGCAGAAAUUGACCAUCUAGGUAUUGACUGUGAUGCUGCAAGAACAGAAGAAGAACGAGUCAUGAUGCAGGAUGCUCAGGACUUUCAACUAAAAAACCAAAACUUCAAUGAUAAAAUUCACCCAAAGACUGGAGCUACAGCUCUCCAUGUAGCUGCUGCUAAGGGCUAUAUUAAAGUAUUGAGCUUACUGAUCAAAGCUGGUUUGGAUCUGAACACACAGGAUAAUGAUGGUUGGACACCUCUCCAUGCUGCAGCACACUGGGGCCAGAAAGAAUCCUGUGAACUCUUAGCUGAUAACCUUGCAAACAUGGAUAUCCAAAAUUUUGUUGGACAGACAUGUUUUGAUGUAGCAGAUCCUGACUUGGUUAGUGUAUUAGAAGAUUUAAAGAAAAAACAAAAUACUCUUCAGAAGGAGCGUCCAGAACUAGGAGAAAUAUUAAGAAGAAAAGCCCCACCUCCUUUAAAAAGAAGAACUUCAGUAACUCGAAUGAGUGGUACAGAUAAGAGCAACGUAAUCAUGAAAGAUACUUUUGCAGAAAGAGCACAGAUUGAAGCUAAAUUAAGAUUACCUGAAGAGGAAGUAGAAGAGGAGAGUAAAGUUACAGAUGAAAGUGUUCCAGAACCUUCUUCCAAUAUAGAGAUUAAAACGAAGGAAGAUCUGACCAUAGUAAAAAGAAAUGAAUCCAACAUUGCUGAUGAGCAUUCUGAAGAUAAAGCCAAAGAAAUUGAGUCUCCUGUUUCAAAACCUCCUACUGAUGCUGAAAUACAGGAAUUACCCAAUGAUGCGGCUCCUUGGAGAAGAAAAGGUGAAACAAACAUUUCUCUAACUCAGGGUACACAAGAUACGGCAAAAGAAGAGCCUUUGGUGGUUCUUAGGAAACUCCAAGAAGUCCAGACAGCAGCUGAAGACAAAAAGGCUAAUGGACCAACAUAUGGAGAAGCUGUAGAUCAAAGAAUUCCUAGUACAAAGGAAGAUGCCAUGCCUUCCCCUUCCAUAAUCAAUGCUUCCGCUCCAUCCACGCCAUCUUCAAAUUUGAGUUCACCAUCCACUGGUGUCACCACACCACCUCUAGAAGGCCAAAUCAGAAGGUCUUUUGUGCCUCCAGUACGAGAUGAAGAGUCAGAAACAAGAAGAAAAGCCCAUGCCAAGCGUGUGAGAGAAACACGGCGCUCCACUACGGGUGUAACCUUAGAAGAUCUAAAGUCAGCAGAACAACAGUUAUUACGUAAACAACAAGAAGAGGAUGAACAGAAGGAGAAUGAAAAAGAGCACACGGAAACAACCACUGCUACGACACUGGCAGCUACUACUACUACCACAGUUACAGCGAGCUCAGCAUGGGAGAGACAAGGGUCAUUGAGAAAGCAUGCAGAAGACAGUAAAAAGGCUGAACAAACACUAGCCAAACAGUCCCAGAACAUAACUGAUACCAGAAGUACUCCUAGUUCAACCACGAAUGUUAGCACAACAUCCAUCACAGUGCCUUCUCCUGUUCAUACACGCGAACAUCCUCAAGUUUCCAGUGUAACAGACAGUCCUGAAGUUACACAUUCUGUUACUAUACCACUGCGCACAAGGCCUGGUCAAAAUGAUGAUUUAGAAAAAGACUAUGAAAAUAAAAUUAUUCAAGGGACUCAGGCAGCUAUUCAGAGAAGAAGAAGACCAAAAAGGAGAUCCACAGGAGUUGUUUAUUUAGAUUCUGAGGAUCAAAGUGAUCAACAGAGUAGUCCAGAUCAGGAACUACAGCAGGAUGAAAAGCAAGAAGAUGAGCAGUCUCAAGAAUCUGAGGGUGACAGAGAGACAUCAUCUGAAUCUCAGAGGUCGCAUUUUGGGUCAAUAGGGACACAACAUGACAAUGGUCAUUCAGAGACACCAAAAAGGUAUACAGAUCGGCUGGGCCGAAGUUCCCUCAACAGUAGCACAGGCAGCUUAGCGGAGGAAGGAGAUCAAAACUACAAGAAGAUCUGUGAAACACUGAAAUCAGAAAAUGCAAGGCUGAAAGAAAACCUUAAGAAAACGGAAGAAGAGCUGGUCAAUACAAAACGUCAGUUACAAAAAGCUUUAUUACAGAAUCACACAAGAAGUUCUCUAAGUGAUGCAGAAAAAAGAGAACGAAGAGCAUUAGAAAGGAAAGCUGCAGAAAUGGAGGAAGAGCUUAAGAACAUGGCCAAAGUUAUGACAGAAAAUGAAAAGCUUAAAGCUGAGAACAGAGCUCUCACUCGAGUGGUUUCAAAAUUAUCAAAAUAGCAACUGGAGCAGGUGAAAGCUGAGAACCAGCGGUUACGAGAUGAAAAUGGGGCCCUAAUCAGAGUCAUCAGUAAGCUAUCCAAAUAGAAAAAAAUAGAAUUCAGGUUUACAUAUCUUCCAGCCUGGGGUUAGAACCUCCCUAACCCUGAGGACACCAAUUUCUACAGUGUGGUUGACAUUGUUAUGAUGGUACUCUUCUCACCUUUGUUUUAACCUACAGUUGUAGUUUGUUGAGUUUGUUCUUCACUGCGGUUAUGGUUGGAUGAUGUACUUCAGCCGGAAAGUUUAUGACUGUCAUCUAGUCUUACAAUUCCGUCUUUAAUUUAACCACUUAAACGUUGGUACAUUAACAGUCACUGAUCUGUGUCCCUGAGUGCAUUAUUAUAUUUUCUUCUGCUUUUAUAUAUUUUAUUUCUGAUAGUCUGAAUUUUUUAAACUUAAAAUUACCAUCAGUAUUUCAGUACCACACAUGAAAAAAUAUGAUUUUAGAACCUCCAAGACUAUUGCUUUGUUUGAAGAAAAGAGGGAUGUCUGAUUACUUUUUAAUUUUAAGAACAAAAGGUAAUGUUAAAGAAUUCCAAUGGCAGUCAGAAGAAAAUAAAAGCUGUGUAUUGAAUUAUCAUCCGACAGCUGAAAUAUGAAAAAAAUAAAUGUUAGGGCAAUACUAGUUCUAUGUCUUGUAAUGAGUUGUGACUUAAAAUGGCCACCAGGAUUUUGCCUUCUGUUUUUAAAAACGUAAUAUAAUAUUUUUUCCAAAAAUCUGAGAUUAAUAAAGAGAAAUUUGGAUAAACAAUAUUAUCAUUAUUUUGUGAUAAUUACUUGUUAGGUAUUUUCUUGAUCACUUUUCUGCUAUAUAUAUAUGUACAAUUAAAAACCCACCAAGAAAUGGUACUUCAAAAGAACAAAGUAACACUUUUUUUUUCACACAGUAUUUGUGUUAGAUUAUUUUGAGAAUUAAUAACCUCUUGCUGAGUGAUUGAGCAAAGGCAAGUGGAAAAGACAACAUUUUUUGUAUUUGUUUAUCUAAGAAACAGAAUUUGUAUUCAUUAAGGUAUGUAUGUGUCAUCACCCAACAUUAGUUGGCAGAAACUACAUGCAAAAUGGUUGAGAGCAAACCACUGACUGACAAUAAGCAUUAUCAGUAAGAAAUAAUAACUAUAUUUUACUGUAAUUAAACAAAGAAAAGUUAGUCUCAUUUAUGUCAGAAUAUGCAAACUUUUGGUUAUUAAUCUUUGUAUCAGCUGAUAUGUUUUUGUGGGGGGGAGGGGGGAUUUUUUAUAUAUUUUUUUUUACUUAUGGUCACUUUCUAAAGUAAUUGA